AUGGGCAGUUUUCGAUCAGUUGCGGCCCUGAAAUGGCUCGAUGGGCAAGGGUUGCGGGGUACCGACAGCGUGCUGCUCCGGUACUUGCGCAGCCGCUGCGCCAUAGUGGCGCUCGUAUGUAACGGUCUAGCGAGGCAUAGUACACUGGUAUCCACUACCCCGCAAUCUGGCCACCCUUCCUAG